AUUGUAAACUAUUUUUUUAUAGCAAAAUAAAAUAAAGUGAUAAAAUGAGGUUUUGAGUUAGGGAUGCAAAACCUGCUGCGUGGUUAGUUACUGCACCUCACUUCACCAUGCCACCGCCGGUGAUGCGAAUUCGAAUGCCGAUGCCCACCGUAUUACCACCAUACUCCGCCGGCAUCUUCUCCAGAAUCGCCACUCAUCGUCAUUUCCUCACUUCCACAUCCCUAACAUCACCACCACCAACAACCACAAUCCGUCGCCUUCCAUCCUCCUUUCCCGCCGCCUUCUACCACAGAUACGGUGGUGCUCCUCUCAGACAUAGGACCUUUGCUCUUCCGCUUUUUUACCAACAAACUUCCACUUAUGGUCGUUUUGCCUUCCACGACGUUUCCAGUGAUGAUGAUUCCGACCUUCAAUUCGCUAAUUCUUCUCACUCUCAACCUCGCUCCCAAAAAGAAUUGGGCGAUUCGACUCUCGAAAACAUUGAUUCUUGGAGAUGGAAACUCACCAUGCUUCUUCGCAAUAAAGGCGAGCAAGAAGUUGUGUCCAAUGAGAAAAAGGACCGUCGUGAUUUUCUGCAACUUGAAACUUUAGCUACCAGGAUGGGUUUAUAUAGUCGACAGUAUGCAAGAGUUGUUGUCUUUAGCAAGGUGCCUUUGCCAAAUUACCGCCCUGAUCUCGAUGAUAAGCGUCCACUCAGAGAGGUAACCUUACCCUUUGGUGUUCAUAGAGAAGUAGACACUCAUCUCCUUGCUCAUUUUUCAAAUAUGGCUAUAAAAAGAGUAGGCUCUUUGGAUGAUUCCUUGCAUAAUGGAAGCAUUCCUGCUGAUGAAGGGAUUUAUGGGCAUCCGGAGCCCAUGAUCCAUAAUAGUGUUGCCAAAGAGAAAAUCCUUCAAAGAAGAAGUUUGCAACUGCGUCAGCAACAACAAGACUGGAAGGAAUCUUCCGAAGGGAAAAAGAUGCUUGAAUUUCGCCGAAGUCUUCCUGCAUUCAAAGAGAAAGAUGCAUUUUUGAAAGUCGUUUCAGAGAAUCAGGUCAUUGUUAUCUCGGGUGAAACUGGUUGCGGUAAGACCACACAACUUCCUCAAUACAUAUUAGAAUCUGAGAUUGAAGCUGGACGUGGAGCUCUAUGUAACAUAAUUUGUACUCAGCCUAGAAGAAUAUCUGCUAUAUCUGUUUCUGAAAGGGUUGCAGCAGAACAUGGGGAAAAAUUGGGAGAAUCCGUUGGUUAUAAAGUUCGGUUGGAGGGUAUGAGAGGGAGGGAUACUCGUCUUCUUUUUUGCACCACGGGUGUGUUAUUGCGGAGACUACUUGUGGAUAGAAGUUUAAAAGGUGUAACUCAUGUUAUUGUUGAUGAAAUUCAUGAACGUGGAAUGAAUGAAGAUUUUCUUCUCAUUGUCCUAAAGGAUCUUCUCCCUCGUCGUCCUGAUUUGAGAUUAAUUUUGAUGAGUGCAACCUUAAAUGCUGAACUUUUUUCUUCGUAUUUUGAUGGUGCCCCAACUAUGCAUAUCCCUGGAUUUACAUUUCCAGUUCGAGCACAAUUUCUUGAGGAUAUUCUGGAAAGGACUGGAUAUCGGUUGACUCCUUAUAAUCAAAUUGAUGACUAUGGUCAAGAAAAAUCAUGGAAAAUGCAGAAACAAGCUCAAUCUUUCAAAAAAAGAAAGAGCCAGAUUGCUUCUGCUGUUGAGGAUGCAUUAGAGGUUGCAGACUACAAGGGGUAUAGCCUACGCACUAAGGAAUCAAUGUCCUGCUGGAACCCUGACUCAAUUGGUUUCAACCUUAUUGAACAUGUGCUUUGCCACAUUGUUAAGAAUGAAAGGCCAGGUGCUGUUUUGGUUUUUAUGACUGGUUGGGAUGAUAUACACUCUUUGAAGGAUCACCUCCAUGCUCAUCCUUUGUUGGGCGAUCAGAGCCGAGUAUUACUUCUUGCAUGCCAUGGCUCUAUGUCCAGCACAGAGCAGAAAUUAAUAUUUGAAAAUCCUGAAGGAGGGGUGAGGAAAAUUGUUCUGGCUACUAAUAUGGCCGAGACUAGUAUUACCAUCAACGACGUUGUCUUUGUGGUUGAUUGUGGAAAAGCAAAAGAGACAUCAUAUGAUGCAUUAAAUAACACUCCUUGUUUGCUUCCAUCUUGGAUCUCAAAAGCUGCUGCCCGUCAGAGAAAAGGCAGGGCUGGUCGUGUUCAAUCUGGCGAAUGCUAUCAUCUUUAUCCCAAAUGUGUUUAUGAUGCUUUUGAUGAUUAUCAGUUACCAGAGCUUUUAAGAACACCUUUACAGUCCUUAUGUCUACAAAUAAAAAGUCUACAACUUGGAAGCAUCUCUGAGUUUUUAUCUAGUGCUCUCCAGCCACCAGAGCCUCUAUCGGUUCAAAAUGCUGUUGACUAUUUGAAGAUUAUCGGUGCCUUAGAUGAGAAUGAAAAUUUGACAGUUCUAGGGCGCAAGUUGUCAAUGCUCCCCGUAGAACCUAAGCUUGGCAAGAUGCUCAUCUUGGGAGCUAUUUUCAACUGUUUGGAUCCCAUAUUGACUGUUGUUGCUGGGCUUAGUGUGAGAGACCCAUUUGUUGUGCCGGCUGACAAGAAGGAUCUUGCAGAGUCUGCCAAGGGCCACUUUGCUGCUGGUGCAUACAGUGAUCAUCUUGCACUUGUCCGGGCUUAUGAUGGUUGGAAAGAUGCUGAAGCACAGCAAGCUGGUUACGAGUACUGUUGGCGUAAUUUUCUUUCUUCUCAGACACUUAGGGCCAUUGACUCUCUUCGAAAGCAAUUCUUUAACUUGCUCAAAGAUAUUGGUCUGGUUAGCAACAAUUCUGAAACCAACAAUAAAUGGAGUAAUGAGGAGCAUCUGCUCCGAGCAGUUAUCUGUGCGGGUUUGUUUCCCGGAAUAUCCUCUGUUGUGAACAAGGAAAAGUCAAUAGCACUGAAAACAAUGGAGGAUGGUCCGGUUCUUCUGUAUGCUAGCUCUGUAAAUGGAAGUGUACCCAAAAUUCCAUACCCAUGGUUAGUGUUUAAUGAAAAGAUUAAAGUGAAUUCAGUAUUCCUUAGGGAUUCAACUGCCAUAUCUGACUCCAUGCUGCUCUUAUUUGGUGGGAACAUAUCCAAAGGUGGACUAGAUGGUCACCUAAAAAUGUUGGGAGGGUAUCUGGAAUUUUUCAUGAAACCAGAAUUAGCCAAGACUUACUCAACUUUAAAGAGGGAACUGGAGGAAUUGAUACAGAAAAAACUUCUGGAUCCUAUGUUCGAUAUACAAUCGCAUACUCAGCUUCUUUCAGCUGUAAGAUUGUUGGUAUCAGAAGACCACUGUCAUGGCAGAUUUGUCUUUAGUCACCAGGACCUACCACAGUUGAAGAAAGCAACGAAAUCCAACAGUGGUGAUGGAGGUGGGGGUGAUAAUUCUAAAAAUCAGCUUCAAACAUUCCUUACCAGGGCUGGACAUCAGGCACCAACUUACAAAACACAGCAGCUGAGAAACAACCAAUUCCGUUCUACUGUUAUAUUCAACGGCAUGGAUUUUGUUGGGAAGCCAUGCGGCAGCAAGAAACUAGCAGAAAAAUCUGCUGCUGCUGAGGCUAUUCUAUGGUUAAAAGGGGAUAAUACCCAUUCAUCUGGUGAUAUUGAUCAUGCAUCUGUGCUUUUGAAGAAAAGAAACAAGAAAAGUAGAAAAAAAUCGCUUAGUGAUGCUAAAUGGAGUUGAAUUACAUUUAUAAGACAUAUUUUAGAUAGAUUUGUUUGAUAGGGUCCUAUACCAAGGCUUGUCUAUGGUCUCUCCUUGGUGCAAUGGAUUCAGGGAUAAUUUUGCCAGCAAGAGUGUACAGAGCUAUUAGGGAUCUUGAUUCUGAAAGGUACAGAUCUGAGCCUUUGAUUUUGUAACGGGGUGAUUGUAUCCAGAAUCCACCUAAAUUUGGGGCACAUUUCAAGAAGUGUAUUUCUACAAUUGCUUUUAACUAAAUCUGACCCAGAGCAUAGCAUGGCUAGCUGAGCAGCUACUGUACUUGCAACAAAUUCAUGAAAAAUGGAAGGAGUAAGCAACUAAAUUUCGUAUCAAGGUAAUUCACUUGCAAUAUAUUAAUGUGUUUCUAGGAGUUGUAGUUUCUUAGUUAAUCAAGGUGAUCAUCCAGUUAAAUUAUAGAAUAUGUAUUUACAAUUAUUUUUUCUCUCGAGGAUUAUGAUGCAUGUUAGACCCCUCCUGAGAUGGAUUCUUUUCAAGCUGAUAUUGUAAGCUAUAAGAGAUAACUUGAAUGAAUUGGGAGAUCUAUUUUGAUUUGCUAAAUUUCAAUAAA